AUGUUGAUCACAGAGACCUUCCACGAUGUGCAGACAUCGUAUGGCACUACUUUGCGUAUAUACGUGUAUUCUCCCAAGAUUGCAGGCUACCCGCAGGCUAAGUUUCCUGGCGUAAUCCUGUACAGUGAAAUCUACCAGGUUACGGGGCCUGUCCGUCGUUUUGGGCAAAGAAUUGCGUCUGAAGGCUACGUGGUGGUGGCACCUGCUAUUUAUCACAACUUCAUGGGUCCUGAAGCGUUGCCUUACGACGUGCAGGGCACCGAUAUCGGUAACGAGUACAAGAUCAAGAAGCCGUUAGAGUCUUAUGAUGAGGACAACAAGCUAUGUUGCGAUCUGCUUUUCCAGUUACCGCAGUUUGAUGGUAAAAGGGUCGGAUCCACAGGGAUGUGUUUAGGUGGUCAUUUGGCUUUUAGGGCGUUAUUGGACAAGAGGGUCACCUGCGCAACGUGUUUCUUCCCUACGGAUAUCCAUUCAAGAACUUUGGGUCUGGGCCAAGACGACAACUCAUUGGAGCGCAUUUCCAAGGAGUUGGGUAAUAACCAAGAAAUGGUCUUAAUCUUCGGGACUGCGGACACCCACGUCGACCCGGAAGGCCGCGACCUGAUCAGAAAGACUCUCAGAGACCACGGAGUAAAAUUCACGUUCUUGGAAAUCUUGGCUGCCCAGCACGCCUUCAUCCGUGACGAGUUCAGCAAGGGUAGGUUCGACUCUGCUAUCACCCAAAGUUGUCUCGGCUUCCUGUUCGAGCAGUUCAACAGGAAACUGAGAAUUGACCUAGGUGAAUUUGUAGAUGAUAACACACCACUGGAGCACGUGUGUUGA